AUGGCAGCUGAAAGUAAUUUCGUUCAACCUGCAAUUCCUAAGUUUGAUGGUCAUUACGAUCAUUGGUCCAUGCUUAUGGAAAAUUUCCUUCGUUCGAAGGAGUAUUGGAGUUUGGUGGAGACUGGAAUCCCUGCUGCAGUAGAAGGAGUGGAGCUUACUAAAGCACAACAAAAAUCAGUUGCAGACUAG